UCCUGCAAAUCCUAUGGGCUGCGCUGGCGUUAACGACGCUCCGUAUGUGUCAAAGUGAUCGCCAUGGCACUUCGUAGGAGAUUGGGAGACGGGACUGUAGGAAUGACGCUUCGAUCAGUAUUCACAACGCGAGAUGAGCUAGCGUUGCUCAAGAGUAUGUACAGAGUCGACGACUGUAUGAACGUCCAUGAUCGCAUGUCCGAGAAGCCCAUUACUGAACAUGGCGAGAAAGGCAACCAAGGCCCACAAAAAUCGGGCGGGCGCGAACUAUCAGUGCUGACAUGUUUCCAGCGACUGAGCAAUACAUCAGUGAGAGCAGGGGGGGCAAAACUGAAAAAAAUCGCUGAUAGACCGUCUGAGAACCAGUCUUAGCGCCCUCCGGCACCGGGGCGACCGGAAACGAAAGUUCAUGAACCGCAUUGGAACAGUGCGGCUUGCGCCUGACGGCCGCCAGUGUCGACGUAUAUGUGAGUAUCAGCCAACUUCCACUAGACACGUUCACAGAAGCUUGUGAGGUGCGCAGAGUAGAUCGAUCGUAUAUGAUAGCCCCUGAAGAUGGGAAUGCCUUUGAGGUGGUACUUCAAGUCCGCUGAAGCCUAUCCCUGUAGCUGCCCGGCCUGCGGAUCGCGUACCUCAGUUGAGCGGCGAAGGAGGCCAGCGUGCAAUAACGCUGAUAAUCAAGCAGAAGUACACUGCUGUAAGAUGGACGAGGAGGAGAGGGCGAGCGCUGCGAUUACGCGCGGUAGAGGUCGAUGCCGGAAGCAAGUCCA